AUGUGUGACUACAGAACCAUGUGUGACUACAGAACCAUGUGUGACUACAACACCAUGUGUGACUACAGAACCAUGCGUGACUACAGAACCAUGUGUGACUACAGCACCAUGUGUGACUACAGAACCAUGCGUGACUACAGAACCAUGUGUGACUACAGAACCAUGUGUGACUACAGAACCAUGUGUGACUACAGCACCAUGUGUGACUACAGCACCAUGUGUGACUACAGCACCAUGUGUGACUACAGCACCAUGUGUGACUACGAACCAUGUGUGACUACAGAACCAUGUGUGACUACAGCACCAUGUGUGACUACAGAACCAUGUGUGACUACAGCACCAUGUGUGACUACAGAACCAUGUGUGACUACAGAACCAUGUGUGACUACAGCACCAUGUGUGACUACGAACCAUGUGUGA